AUGUCAUUUUGGCUAAAUGAUGAAACAGGCAUUGGAGGCGAAUACUGGGUUUAUGUCAGAGACGUUACGCUGGAUUUUGGAUUUAGUUGGAGCCCGGGGACGGAGGUCUUGAUCUACUUGCACAAUCAAUACGGGGAUGAUCGGGGGGAACAGCACAGAAUCUGGGAUUGCCCAAGGGCGAUACGGUGGGCACCACUGACGCCUAUGCUUCUCGGCGUGUACGAGGACGUGAUCAUAGAAUACGGCGGGUGCGGCGACGAUUCGCCGAUGGAGCACUUUUGCUGCGAUCAUGGCCCCCCGCGGACUGCUGUCAUUGCGGAGGUCGAGGAGGUUCGGAAUCUCGUGGAGAAAGCGGAGUAUCAGGCCGGGUAUGCUUGCUUGGAAGUCAAACGCGAAUUCGGCUUUGGAAGAAGCACAGUCAGCCUGGUGGUUCGCAGGAUUAACUACUAUAAAGUGGGCGAAUGCUUGAAAUUGAGUGUCAUGGUUGAACAUAUCGAUCGUGACGACUACAAUCGUCUUCUGCAAUUUCAACAAAGCCUUCCGGAGAGUGAAGAGUAUAUUGCGGAUCGUAUCCCAUAUGCAUGGAAGGGGAAUGAACUCGACGUUUCGCAAAUGCCGAAAUCGCCCUUCAGAAAGAUUAGGAGCGACGUCGUCGACGAUCUGAGACACACCGCCUACGAGGCGCUCCCUCUGGCUUUCAAACGCCGUUAUGCGCAAUCCGAGGCGGUCGAACGGGGCCUCUCGUACACUGACUUCCUCUGGGAACACCCUAAUCACCACGAACGCAGGGUUGCGCGCCAUAAGGACCCCCCUGGGGCACUGCGUGACACCUGCCUGCGCGACCUCAGACUUGACAUCGACAUCCGGAGCGAUGUUUGGCCCUACGAUCUGACCGCCAGCCUGUCGAUCGCCGGCAUUGAGCUGACCGUACUCCCAAUCACGCCCAGCCCCCCGCCCCGCCCUACCACCUUCUCCUUCAUCAACAACCUCCAUCUUGACGUUCCCUACGCGGAUCCCGGAGACACGGCUGCACACAAUCAACAUUGUUCUCCCCGGAAACUCAACAUCUCCGCGAAUGGGAUGGCAACGCUGGCCGGUGCCGAUUCGGCGGCGGCGGGGACGUGCAUCAGCAGCAACGGCUCCGUGAUUACCCUCAAUGUCAAUGGGCCUCUGCAAAUCAUGGGCGAUCUCUUCGCUGCUCCCAUCCAUGGCGGAAACGUCGGGGGGCGGAAUAACACAAACCAUGCCCUGCCAAGCAUUGAAGCAGUGGUGUCUGCUGUUCUCCGCACUAUGCGUUCCGAACAAUGUGGGGAGAGUCGUACAGUUGAGGAAGCGCAGGAGAGAAGAAGCAGUGCAUGGUAA